AUGUUAUAUCAAUUUAUCAGGAAGAAGAUUCAUGCAAGACAGCAUCUGGGAAGCACUGACCAGAAGCGCCAAUGCCAGCACCAAUGGCAAAAUCAAAAUCAGGAAAGCGAGUUGGGUCCUGUUAGACUCGGAAAUGAACAUGAUCCCGCGGACGCAGCCUUACUUUCGGACCGAUAUCCUGCCCCUGAACAAAUUCAGCCAAACGGCCCCUGUCAGAAAUGUAAAGAGGAGAAGCAUGAUGCUAGAGUUUAUCGUUCAAAGUUGAUAGCUGGACUGGUAUUUCCGUAUUUUCUUGCAUCAGUCGAUUUAACUAUCGUUGCGUCUGCAAUGCCUUUUAUAGCAUCCUAUUUCAAUAAGCUGGACCAACUGAACUGGAUCGUCACUGCGUUCACAUUGACGUCCACGGCAUUUAUCCCAGCCUUCGGCCAAUUAGCCGAUGUGUUUGGUCGGCAUUUUGUCCUGCAACUUGCCAUGUUCUUAAUGCUUAUUGGCAGCGUGUUCUGUGCCACUGCCCAAACCUGGGGGAUGUUGCUGUUUGGCAGAGCGUUGCAGGGAAUGAGCUCUGCCGGAAUAAUGAACUUGAUAGUAAUCGUACUGGCGGAUAAUGUAUCGUUGAAAGAGAAUGCGAAGAACACCACUAUUUUUCAAUUCGUGUCUGGUACCAGUUACGGAGUUGGACCGGUCAUUGGAGGGUAUUUAACGGCUGCUAAUUGGCGUUACUGUUUUGUGCUAAGUAUACCGAUCGCUUUUUUUGCCCAUUUCGCAAUAUUCUUCUUACUUCGUAAGGAGCUGGUCAAGGGCACCCAUGCUGCGAAAAGUUUUUCAUCCAUUUUAUCCGGACUGGCCACCGUUGACUUGGGUGGUACUAUCCUAUUCAUUCUCGGAAUUGGUCUUAUAAUCCUAGGUACCAGUUGGGGAGGCGCAACGUACCCGUGGGCUUCAGCUGCUGUUCUUGUUCCCUUGGUUUCUGGGUCGAUUUUAUUUAUUCUCUUUUUUGUUUGGGAAUACUACCUCGAACCGGGGCGUGUACUCGGGAGGAUUUUCCCACAGCAAACUCCCAUGGUUCCGUUCCCCAUGUUCAAAGUAAAGGAUACAUCUCUUCUAGCUAUCCUGACAUUCGCCACUGGAGCAGUUGGUGUAUACUUGGCCAUGUUCGCAUGUAACGUCUGGCCUGCACAAACCUUUGCACCGCUUAGCACAGGCACCUUAGUCGAAUCCGUCGGUGUUGCUCUUAUCACCUGGGCUGUCACUACUCGCAAUAUACCCCUGAUCAAUGGAAUGAUGGCUGUCGCAGGUGCCGGAACGGGUCUUCGAUUUAUGCCCUCUUCAUUACACGCAGCAGGGAUAUGGCCAGACAAGCUCGCACCUGCCAUGUCCAUCAUGCGAUUUUGCCUUCCCUUCGGAGGCACAUUGGCCCUCGCUAUCAUGGGUAGCGUCUUCAACAAUAAGAUGGCGAGCAUUUUUCAUCCGUCUAGCACGUCUAGCCAGUCUCAGAGUGGUAGGUUUGACAUUCACUCCGGCAAAAGUCUGGAUGAUAUCAACAAGCUGCCUCCCGAGGUGCAAGAGCAUAUCCGCAAUACAGGGAAAGACGCGGUUAUGUGGGCUUUUAUAUCAAUAAUGCCGAUUAUGGUGAUUAGCUUUGUAUCGGGAAUAUUUUUAGGUAAUGUGUGGAUUAAAAAGAAACGAGGGGAAAGCGUAGACCAGAGAGGUCAAGCUUCGUCUACUCCUCCAGCUGACGAUGAGGAAAAUAUCGAGAGCAACGAAGUGGUGUACGUUUCGUACCUUUGGGCACUCUUAACGGGAACCUUGGAUGACAAAAAAUGCAUCACCAAACCCCUUACCAAAGCCCAAAAGCAAAGACAGGCUGCAGCUUUGCUUGAAGAAAAGCAACACCGAGCCAAACUUGGACACAACCCGACGGAUGCUGAAAAUUAUAUUCUUACUUCCAAUCCUCAUCCGUCGAAACCUACAUAAGGUUUUGCUUAGAUAUCAUCCGAACCCCCUUUUUUUGGCCUCAUGUAUUCUGCGUAUACGUUAAGCCACAACAACAUGCAUACUUUCCCUUUCAUACCUUCCUUGAUAUUUAGAUGUAUAAUGAAACUCAUAUUUUAAAUAUUG